AUGGAGCUCUCGCUUUUCGUGAGGGUUCUGACCCUGGUAUCAAUUGUGAAUUUCUCCGGUGCAGCUCAAACGAUAGAGCCCAAGAUGUGGGACUCGGUGAACACGUUCGGUUUUCGUCUCCUCACGAACGCGUCGACAGGAUCGGACGAAAAUGUCCUCGUUUCACCGCUCGCGGCGUACACUGCGCUGAUUGUGGCAGCAUCGGGAACAAGUGGAGCUACGAGAUCGAACAUUCUGAAAAUUCUCCAAGUGCAAGAUAUUUCGCGGAACGACAUCGAGGGACUCUUCUCGACUUUCACAGAUGGGAAGCCGUCUGAUGUCGGGUCAGAACCCGUCCCGAAUCCUCAAAGAGCUCCCGCAGCCCUGCAGAAAACUUCCGAAUCGCCCCAUGGAGUAUUCGGAACUCCACAGAAGUCCUUCGGAUCCACUUUCCAGAGACUCCCGGGUGACCAUCGCAAUGCUGAAAUAAACGGCAGAAUGAGCUCGCUGGGAACUAACCGCAACCCCACGGCUCCCCGGAACGAAGCCCCAGGCAUGAAUUCGUUGAAUAAUAUGGCGAAUCACGGAAUCGGAUUCGAAGCCCUCUACGGAUCCGAUGGCAGUUUCUAUGAGCUGCCGAAAGCCUACGAUUACGAGGAGCAACGCAUAGAUGUUCCGGGAGCUCGAGGAGCUUCCUUUGCGCGGCCCGAGAUGGCGAGGUCGAGAACUUUUCAUCAACAUAUCGGGAUGAACACCCGAGACAGCUCCGCGACGUUCAAGAACGCCCCGCGAUCUGCCCCCUCCAGAGCAUCGAGUUCAGAAUCUAUGGAGUACCCUGAAGAAUACGCUGUCUACCGGGAGCUCGAUGCAGAGCCCUCCGAGCUUUCAUUCUCCCGCGUGGCGAUGCCCAGAGACUACCGCUCGGAUGGGCGCUCGUCAUCUAGAGGUAUGAAUUGGAUGGAUCCCGCCCAAGGUCAACCGCUCAUCGCUUCGAAGGCGAAGCUGAUUAAUCAGUUCUAUGUCAACGAGUCGGUUCCCCUGAGAACUCCCUACGUCCAGGAGUUGAGAAGAUUGUACCGGACCCCAGUAUUGAGGAGCAACUUCCAGCAGAGCGAGCUGACCCGACAGCUGAUCAACUCGGUCAUGUCUCUCGAAACCGAAGGCUCGGUCGCAGAACUCCUCGAGAAACCUCUCUCAACCACUGUGGUCUCGAUGAUGGUCAAUUCGCUCCAUUUCAAAGGCAUCUGGUCGGACCCAGUGAGCGAAGUCAAUCAAGAUCGACCCUUCAAUUCGUUUUGCGUCUCAGAUAAACGAACGAACUCGCGAUGGAUUCGUAUUAACGGGGUAUACCCUUACACGAACUUGGCUGAUUUCGGUGCGCGCGUCUUCCGCAUCCCUCUCAAAUCCGACGACGUGAUCUUCAGCCUGGUGCUCGUUCUUCCACACAGAAAAUUCUCCUGCGAUUUGGUUUCUUGGUUGAACCGAGUGAACCAGUGGGCGGGAAUCGCGAAAAGCCUGUCCCGAAUGGAGGACACCAACGUCGAUUUAAUCCUGCCGAAGUUCGAUUUCGACCAAAGUAUCGAACUCACAGAAGUUGUUGAGGGCAUGGCAGAGGGCGAAAUUUUCACAUCGGCGAAUUCAUCGAUCAUGACGACGUCGCGAGGCAUGAAAUUAGACAAAAUAAUUCACAAGACACGACUCAGUUUCAAUGAGCACGGGACGAACACAGAUGCUCCCGCGAAGGGGGAGACGUCUGGCGUCCCCAACCCCAGUAAACGUCUCGACGCCAAAAACGUAACAAUUGCGGCAGAUCGUCCAUUCCUGCUUUCUAUCCUAGCCGCCGAUCCACGGAGCAAAACCGAGGUGCUGCUGUUCUCGGGGAUCGUGAAUCAUCUUUGA